AUGUUUCACGCUGUACUCGCAACGCUCCCUUUGCUGUGCACUGUCUUGGCUCAGUGCCCUGGCAGUCCCAACCCUGUCAACGAUAUCGAGCCUAUCACUGCGAGCGGUUGGAAGUGGUCUGUUGUGUCCACGAACAUCUCAAACCCUAGAUCCUUGCAGUUCGAUUCAGCAGGGAGACUCAUCGUGCUACAGUCUGGGCAUGGUAUCACUGCUCUGACACUUGAGGAUGAUGGAGGGAAUUGCGUAGGAGAGACUUCGAGGAAAGUCCUGAAGGAGGAUGCCAGUUUCAAUCAUGGCCUCGCACUUUCCGCAGAUGGAAGAACUAUUUAUGCCUCGUCUUCUGAGGCAGCCUUCUCUUGGCCCUACGAUCCUGCCAACGCAAUCAUCGGCGCCGAUGCAACGACACUCGUCCGGGGAAUGGACAACACCGAUCACAAUACCCGAACUCUCCUCAUAUCUCCAUCUGCACCCAACAAUCUCGUUGUGUCCCGCGGCAGCAAUGCAAACAUCGAUCCCGGAGCCGCCGACGUCACCGCUGGCCGCAGCCAAAUCAAAGCCUUUGACCUUACGAAACUUCCAACCGGAGGCUAUGAUUUCAUCACGGACGGUCUGCGUCUAGGCUGGGGACUCCGCAAUUCUGUCGGUGUCGCUGAACACCCUGUCACCCACGGUAUCUAUUCUGUCGAGAACUCUGUCGAUGAAUUCGACCGCGACGGCGUGGACGUGCACCAAGACAAUCCCGGUGAAGAAAUGAAUUUCCACGGCACCAUUCUCGACAACGCGUUUAAGAACCAGGGAGGAAGUUACGGCUACCCUAACUGCUUCGCGGCCUGGCUCGUUUCCGCACUCCCCAACAAUGAGGGUCUCGUCACCGGCUCGCCAUUUAGCAACAGCUCUAAAUACGACUACCUCUGUGAAGGCACGAUUGCACCUGUGAUGACAUUCGGUGCGCACAAAGCACCUCUAGACAUCAAAUUCAAUAAUAGCGGGACGGAGGGAUGGGUUAGUUUCCACGGGAGCUGGGAUCGCGAUGCGAAGACGGGGUAUAAAAUCAGCUAUGUACCAUUUGUAGAUGGGCAGCCGAGGGCUGUCAAGGCAACUAACCCAACGAAUGACAUCUUUCACAAUGCGGAUGUUACGAGGUGUCCGGGGAAUUGUUUCCGGCCUACUGGGAUGACUUUUGAUAGUCAGGGACGCUUGUUUAUGUCCAGUGAUUAUUCGGGGGAGAUUUAUGUUGUUGCGAGGGAUUGA